AGCUCCAGAGGAUCCGAGGUCCUUCUGAGGCUCCUGCACACGUGGUACAUAACAGCACACGACAUAAACGUAAGUAAAGACAAAUUGGAGGAAAAACUUAUUGAACUGAGUGUAAACCAGUACCAGGGAGAUGGAGGCAGGGGGAUAGGCUUGAGUUCCAGACCAGGCUGGAUACAGUGUGAGUGAGACCCAGUGCUCACAGAACCCCCAGAUCACAAAACUCGAUCAUCCUCUCCCUACCCAGACCACUCAACAAGCCCGAUCAAUAUGGGUUUUCUAGAGCUAAAAACAUGGAGAAAAGAGAAUGCCAUGGCAUUCUAGCAUCUCAGACGCCCCCCUUCACUGUCCUGUCACCCCUCACGGCAAGGCUGUGAGCCAAAGUCCGACCACUGAGACCACAUCAAAGUCAUCAUUGUUCCAACACGGGGGGUGGGUGGGAAUUAAAGGAACUUAAUUACAGUUACGGUGGUAGUUCAGGUUCAUUUUUUUUGUCAGUCAGGAUCUUCUUGCUGUGUAGCUAUGCUGACCUUCAACUCUAGGUGAUGACCCUGUUGCCUCGGCCUCUGGACUUGUGGGAUGACAGGCAUGAACUGUCAAGUCUGGUCUUUCCUUAGAAUUUUAUCAACUUGUUAUCGAUCCGAUCGUGAUUUGAUAUUUUUGUGUGUAUUUUGAGACAGGUCCACAUGUAGCCUUGCUAGCCUCAAAUUCGAUAUGUAGCAAAGGAUGACCUUCAACUUCUGAUCUCUGUAGACUGGGCCACCAAGUCCCGCAGUGAUAAAAUGUCUAUACCUGAAUUGAUUGGCCUGACCCCUCUCGGGUCGGGCUCUGGCGCCCCCUGCUGCCCAUUGUGACGCGGGCCACCGGACCGCCCAGGCGGCGGAGGCCCGGCAGAGAGCUGCAGCUAUGGCUGAGCCGCAGGAGCAGCUGCUGCAGCUGCAGAAGGACAACCGCGAUGGCCGAUUGCGGAAGCAGGAGCUGGAGGAGCUGGUGCGUGGGCUGGAGGCCGAGAGCGAGAGCCUCACCGGGCGCCUGGACGAGCUGCGCGAGCGUGAGCGCAGCCUGCAGCGGAGACGAAGCCAAGCGUCGCGGGCUAUGCGAGGGGAGGCGCGCGAGGCGGCGCGGGAGCGCGCGGAGCGGGCUCGUGGGCUGCUGGAGGCGGCGGAGCAGCACCGGCUGGACCUGGAGCAACACAAUCGGCAGCUGCAGGAACAGUGGGAGGAGCUGUCCAGCCAGGUACGUACAGAGGGUCUCAGGUCACGUCCUCGCCCCCAAGUCCCAUAAGCCAGGCACUCACACGCUCCGUUCCCAGCUCUUCUACUAUGGAGGAGAACAGCUGAGUCAACAGCGAGCAGAUCAGCAACUGGGGACUCAGCUUAUGGCCCUGCAGAAACACCUGGAGCUGGCAGAGGCCAAAUUCACCAUGCAGGCAGAGGGCCUGCGACAGAGCGCGCAGCGUACGGAAGAGGCCUGGGCCAGCUUCCAGGAGCAGAGUGGAGUCCUGCAGGAGCUGCAGGGGAAGGUGAUGGAGGCCGCGGCUGCGCUGGAUGCUACGCGAGGAGGUGGCUCGGAACCGUGGAACUUGCAGCCUCGUCCGGUGCAGGACUGCGCGGGCUCACUCAUGGAGGAGGUGGCCAGGGCUGAUUGUGAAAAGCGGCUGUUCCGCGGUGCGGGCGCGGGGAGCAUCAGGCUAUGGGCGCUGAGCGCACUGCAGACGCUGUUGCUGCUCCCGCUGGGCUUCCUGGCGCUGCCGCUGCUCUACGUGGCGCUGGCAAAGCCCGACUCCGUGGGCCCGGGGCUGUCCAGCGGUCUUGGCUCGGACGCGGUCUUCCGGCGGCUGCGCUACACGCUGUCGCCUUUGCUUGAAUUGCGCCCACGCGGACUGCUGCCAGCCUAGAGCGAGCAUCACGCUGGCUUCGGCCGCCUACACCUCUGUCUCCCUUGUGGUUUCUGGGGUGCCUGCCUGUGUGAAAGGGGCGGGGUGGGGCUCGUGUGUUCCUAUGGCCCAGCGACCCCUUGUCACCCGGGAGCGGGGGUACCUGUCCGCAGCGGGGCUGCUCGGGUGCCCAGGCUGUCCUUUCUCACAGCCCUCGCUGCCAAGCGCCAGCCUCAUCCCCUAGGGAGUCGUUUGCUACCGUGAGCCUGAACUUUGGGCAGGAUGGAUGGUGGCCUGUCAGGUCCCCUCCGUGUGUGUGGAUUAUUUUCCCGGGGUGCGCAUUUAUCCCAGAUCCCCCCAACAUUGGGGUUCCCUCUGGGCAGGUUCGAGUUCGCCAAACCCAAACUUCCUCACAGCAUCUAAGCUCACUGAUGGUGCUAGCAGUAUACGAGGGAUGUCCUGCUUAGCGGGAACGAAUCUGGGUUGAACUUUGACCCUAGGCAUAUAAGCUUCAAACUACUUAUUUGGAGGUGGGGUCUCACAGUAGGCGUCCCGGCUUUGAACUCAGUGUAGCUGAGUGAUCUUGAACUACUCCUCUUCCUACCUCCACCUCGCCAGUGUGUGGAUUGCAGCCAUGAGCCACCCACCAGGUGUCGUUGAUUCUGUCCUGGGGACUGGACUAAGCAUUUGUGAGUGCUGAGCUAUCACCAUGGCAUUUAAAUAAACACCUUUUCUGAUAA